GGCAACCCUGACCCGAAGAAGAAUACGGAGAAUGACGAGAUCCAGAGCCGAAAAUAGACCAGCUACUUUUCAGUCAACGCUUUGUUAACACGAUUAUAUCUAAAUAACGUUAUUGAACACCGUAGCACUGAAUUGGCUAAAGUAUGACAGAGCCCCAGUCUGCAUUGUUGCUCAAGAAACAGCUUGCAGAGCUGAACAAAAACCCAGUGGAGGGAUUCUCGGCAGGUUUGAUUGAGGAAAGUGACCUCUACAGAUGGGAAGUCCUCAUAAUUGGUCCCCCAGACACACUAUAUGAGGGUGGUGUUUUCAAAGCUCACCUGACGUUUCCCAAAGACUACCCUCAAAGACCUCCCAAAAUGAAGUUUGUUACAGAUAUUUGGCACCCUAAUGUUGACAAGAAUGGAGAUGUAUGUAUUUCUAUUUUACACGAGCCUGGGGAGGAUAAGUAUGGCUAUGAGAAACCUGAAGAGCGCUGGCUGCCCAUCCACACAGUUGAAACCAUCAUGAUUAGUGUUAUCUCUAUGCUGGCAGACCCAAACGGUGACUCCCCAGCAAAUGUGGACGCUGCUAAACAAUGGAGAGAGGACAGAAAUGGUGAAUUCAAAAGAGAAGUUUCCCGUUGUGUACGAAGAAGCCAAGAGAUGGCAUUUGAGUGAUAUUUAGCAUGAUUCUAACUCAAUGUUUUCAGGUUUUGCCUUUCUCCAGGUUUCAACUUUUCAAUCGACAUGGCACUGUCUCUUGUUCCAUUUGGGAUCAGACCUGUCCUCCUAUUUUCAGCAGAACUGGUCUGGCUUUUCCUCGGGCUGCAACUGAACAUACCAGUGACUACCAAGGCUGAAUGAAAGCCAAGCAAGUGCCAACAAAACAGGAAAAAUAAUAAUUACAGUUUUAUUUGAGUCUAUGAACUGCUUCAAUCUUCAGGAAGAUAUUGUAAAGACAUGUAAAUAGCACAGACUAAACCGGAUAAUAUAUUCACUUUUUCCAUUCGUUAGGAGUCUUUGACCAAAUAAAUAGCACUGGUUUAUUUUUCUCUACUUUUCCUUUCCAUUUUGAGUGUGCAUUAGUUUUUGUUUUAAAUGGAUGUCCUUACAAGAUGGUGGGAUGCCUCUGGAUAUACCUGAUCUCACAAGAGCUCAAGAAAGUCUUCAAAUACCCCAUUGUUGCUUUUAAUUACAAACUAUAUUAAAUUAAGAUUAAUAAAGUUACCGCAACAGUUAUGUUUUGUUAUCAGAUUAAAGUCUUACUUAUAGCCACUAACUCACAGAAAAUCCCCUUUGUGUGCAUGUAGUUUUUUUGUUGACAUUUUUCUAAAGUGCCUCCUAAUAAAAUCCCUGGCUUCUAAACCCUGAAUUUAACACAUUGAAAUGAAAAGAUAAGCAUUUUGUAAACAAGUCAAAAUUGUAUCAUACCAAUGGUGAGUUCUUGGUGUAGCAAUAAUCUGGUAUCGCAUAAUUUUCAAUAUUCUUUUAUUUUAUUUGCUAUUUAACGUGUGUGUCGUCCGUAGGAAUUGUUGUGCAUGCUUUAGUCUUUUUAUAGUUUACUUUUUGAUGAAUGGGAUUCUAGUUUGCAAGCUUGUGUGUUUCUGUAAAGAUCUGUCUCUUGUUUUCUUUUUUGACCAACUUUACUUGAUCCAAUCUCCUCACUGCUCUCAGAUUUAUUUCCUGGUCUCCUCUAUGUACAAAGAAAAAUACUGAUGUAUAUUUUUCCUGUUAUGAAAUUUGUCUUCUGUAGUGACUUCUAAAGUUGUAAAGUUCUAAAUUUUUUUCAAUA